AUGACAAGUGGAGCUGCAUCUAGUACUUCUUUAGAUACAGAUACAGAUGAUACUACUCUGCGGCAUAUGAGAUUGGGUCAUAUGAGUGAGUGUGGUUUGUUGGAGUUGCAUAGGCAGAACUUACUGGGAGGUAAUUCUUAUUGUAAGCUUAAGUUCUGUAAAUACUACUUGUUUGGUAAACAAUGUAAGGUGUAUUUUCUAAAGUACGGGAGUGAGGUAUUCAGUCAGUUCAGGGAAUGGAAAGCUCAGGUAGAGAAGCAAAUAGGGAAACAAGUGAAGUUUCUGAGAUCUGACAAUGGAUUGGAGUACAAAAAUAGCCAGUUCAUUUACUUCUGUAAGGAAGAGGGGAUCACUAGGCACUAUAUAGUUUCAUAUGGGCCACAGCAAAACGGGGUAGCUGAAAGGAUGAAUAGAACAUUACUAGAGAGGGCAAGGUCUCCUUCUGCAGCUAGUAACGCAAAGGUUCCUGAGGAGGAUCCUAUAGCACAGAAGGUGGUCAUUAGUAGGGAUGUGGUCUUCGAAGAGGAAGUCAUGUUGAAGGAGAAUGCUGAUAAGAAGGAUAUAGUGAGACAGGCUACAAUUCCUCAAGAAAUUCCUCAGAUGGGUGAUAGACAUGAGCCUAUAGGGCUAGCUACCGGCAAAGAAAGGGGGAAUGUUAAGCCUCCGGUCAGCUCUAAAAUUUCCUUUACAAAAAUGUCUGAUACAAAUCCCAUUGCUUCUUCUAAUUCUUCUCAUCUAUCAGAUGAUCUUCUUGUAAAUCCUUCAAAUGACUCUUCAAGCCCAUACUUUCUUCAUCUUAGUGAUAAUCCAGGGUCCUUGCUGGUUUCUGAGAUCUUUGCAGGAGACAAUUAUAUUGCCUGGAGCCGAUCGAUCACCAUUGCUCUUACAGUCAAGAACAAGGUAGCUUUUGUUGAUGGCUCAAGCUCUGUUCCUACUACUAACAAUCGUGUUCUUCAUACUGCUUGGCUUCGUGCAAAUAAUUUGGUGCUUUCUUGGCUCACGAAUUCAAUUUCUAAAGAUAUAAGAAAUAGCUUGCUAUUUGUUACCUCUGCUAUUGAUCUAUGGAAUGAACUAAAAGCAAGAUAUCUGCGUAGUGAUGGCCCAAGAGACCACUCAAUGAAGAAGAUGAUUGGGAUUGCAUUUGAGAAACAAGCUGUUGCUGCUGCCAAGUGUUGGCACAUUCAUCAAUUAGAUGUAAACAAUGCUUUUUUACACGGUGAUCUACAUGAAGAAGUUUACAUGGAAGUUCCUCCUGGUUUAGAUGUUCACCAGCCCAAUUUAGUUUGUAAAUUACUCAAGAGCAUCUAUGGAUUGAAGCAGGCCUCUCGGCAAUGGUUUGCAAAACUUUCUCAAGCACUUCUUGAUUAUGGUUUCACUCAAGGCUUAAUUGAAAUCCAACAACUCAAGUCUUUUCUACGUAAUAAAUUUACAAUUAAAGACUUGGAACAGUUGAGGUAUUUUCUGGGAUUGGAGGUAGCCAGAUCCAAGUCUGGAAUUUCUAUUUGUCAACGAAAGUAUGCUUUAGACAUACUUCAAGAUACUGGUUUUUUAGGUUCCAAGCCAGCAGCUUUUUCGAUGGAAUCACAUAUCAAACUUAGUGCCUAUGAUUCUAAUCUCUAUGAAGAUAUCUCAAGUUACAGAAGAUUAAUUGGCAGACUUUUAUAUAUAAUAAUUACUAGACCUGAUCUUACUUAUGUUGUUCAAGUUCUUAGUCAGUUUCUUGCUCAACCAGCAAUCUCUCAUCAUAAAGCUACCAUCCGAGUACUUCGAUACCUAAAAGCAACACUGGGCCAAGGAUUAUUUUUCCCCUCAUCUUCAGAUUUGCAGUUGAAGGCUUUUUUUGAUAAUGAUUGGGCAGGUUGUUUGGAUACCAGGAGAAGUGUCACUAGUUUUGCUAUUUUUCUUGGAGUUUCAUUGAUCUCUUGGAAAUCAAAGAAGCAUACUACUAUUAGUAGAUCAUUUGCUGAAGCAGAAUAUAAAGCCCUUGUAGCCACAACAUGUGAAGUGCAAUGGUUACUCUUUACCCUUCAAGAUCUUAAUAUUGAUCAUCCUCAACUAUCAUUGUUAUAUACUGACAGCAAAUCAGCUUUGUCCAUUGCUACCAACCCGGUACAACAUGAGAGGACUAAACAUAUACAAAUUGAUUGUCAUCUUAUUCGGGAAAAAUUAUAG